UAAUACCCAAAAAAAUCUUCAACGGAAAACGUUUUGCUCCUAACUCGAUAAGGUACGAACCUCGUACUCGUACUGGUACUGGUACUUGUACUAUGUUUCCGAAUCCUUCAAGAACUUGUUUUCGCCGCGCGCCAAGGGCAUUCGUGUCAAGAGUUCAAUAACAAAUACAGUACUAGGCAUCGUUCUGUUGAUGUAUUACGAUAUCGCACAUCUCACAUGUAAAGUUUGGACAUGACAGAUGAAAGCCUUUCGAUGGAUGCAGAUACUGUGUUAGAGCGUCAGAAUGACAAUCGCCUCGAGGUCUUCGAGGACGGCUUGUCGGCGAACUGCGAAAUUGUCGGGUUGCUCCAGUUUGGUCGUGGCAAUCCGUCAUCUGACGAGUAUUUUUAUAAUCCGAGUCAAGAAGACAUCGAGCACGUGGUAUCCACCCUGUUGGCGAUCGAACAUCUCAAUACGGCUAACACGAGCUUGGUGCCGGAACUGUCCGGUAUACACGAAUGCCCCAUCACAUUUUCGGCGGCCUUUGCAGAAGCGAGCAUUAUUCCCUCAUACGCAUUUGAAGUCGUUGAUCGCCUGACGAGACCCGAGACAGAUUCUUCUGCCAGGAAUGCUGAACGACCUCUGCCGUGUGCCUUUCUUGGUGCCAAGAGCUCAACUAUCAGCUCGGCCACUGCCAUGGUUACGGGGAUGAGGGGCUUUCCGCAAAUAUCUCCUUCCUCGACAAGCGUCUCGCUCAACAAUAAGGUUGAGUAUCCGCUCUUCGGAAGGACCAUUCCCGACGAUGGAUUUAUGGCCGAGGUGUUCCUUCAGUUCUUGCACGACACACUGGGAAUACGACACUUCUUUGUGUUUUUUGAUUCCGAUUCAUACCCUCGCUCCGUGUACGAAAGUCUUCGCCGGGCAAUACUGGAUCUGGGUUGGGGAUCGCUGGGAGGGAGGGAAACUGAAGAGGAAAGCAAGGACACGAUGUACUUGCAAAGCUAUCUGCUCGAAAGAGAUGCAGAUGGGAGAGACGUCGAGAAUAUAUUGGUCGACGCCAUCGACGCCUUCAAUCGCUCCGAGUUUCGGUAUGCGUUCGUAAUAACCGACGUAGACACCACAGACAGCCUGAUGAAACUCGCCUACGACUCCGAAUUAGCUGGAUACGGAGACUACCAGUGGUUUUUCGCAGACACUUUUUCACUAUCCAGCCGGAAAUUCAAAAAAGAUUCUGUUCUUGUUAAGGCGUACAACGGUGUGGGAUCGAUCAAGGCAAAUGCCAUCAGUGAUAUGGAAAUACAUGAUGCAUAUGUCAAACAAUUCCGAGAUUCCAAGCGGGAUCUCCAUAAGAAAUAUGCCAAACUUGUCCGAGAAGCUGUCUCGCAGAAAGAAACCGAUGACGACGAUAUCAAUGUCUCCAAUGCGACAAUCGUAUCAGAACCAGUGUAUAAGAUCAUGGGUGGAACAGAGGACUCCUUGUUUUUGGACGAUGUGCCGUUUCUCAACGAAUCCGACUGGAUUGGAGAUGAUAUGAAUUCCAAGUAUACACCAUUCACAUACGAUGCGACGAUUCUACUGGGACUUAGCGCGUGCGCAGCCGUCAGAAGGAUAGGCGAUUCCCUGGUUCUAGAGGGAAACGAGUUUUUUGAAAAAAUCAAACAAACAAGGUUUGCAGGUGUUACCGGAGACGUCGUGUUACGGGAUUUGGAUGGCACUCGGGAAGGCCAUUCUGCCCAUUAUAGCAUCACGAACUGGCGCGCAUUUGACGGGGAUGACGAUGACAUGGUAUUCUUCAACGAAACCACAGCAUACGCCUACCAUCCCGGUGACGAUCAGAAUUGGGACGACGUUUCCGUCUUUGUAUACCAGGGGGGGAACGUCUCGAUCCCCCCAGACCUUCCCCCACCAGUAGUCUCGAUUAAUGAGGUCAACGCAUGGAUCCGUGUAGCGGUUUACGCUUUAGUAGCUACGGUUCUUGCAGCAACCGUCGGGUUCGCAAUCUGGACCUAUCGGCAUCGCCAAUGCCGGGUCGUAAAGGCAUCUCAGCCGGUGAGUGGUCCGAUCGUUGGUUCGACGCAUCACAGCGUGGCGCAAUAUAUCGCCGAGUCGCAAUGUUUCUUCUUACACACCCUUGACACCGCUGCUCACUCCUUUCGAUGGAUAUUACCAAUUGCGUGGCCUUUUCUCCUUGCUCUCUGUAAAUAAAACAUUUGCAGUUCUUUUUACUUCUGCUUUGUGUCGGAGUUGCCCUUAUGGGAUGUUCCAUGAUCCCGUUGGUCGUGAAGGAAAACGAAGUGGAGGACCUCGAUUUGAAUUGCAAUUCAUUUGCAUGGCUAGUAACGAUGGGAUUCGGAAUCACCUUUUCCACCUUGUUUGCAAAGACGUAUCGGAUUAACACAAUCGUACGCAACGCAAAGAAAUGCCGGCGAGUAAAACUUACGGUUCGGGGCACGGUCUACCCCGUCGCCUUGAUAUGCGGAUGUACGUUGUUUUCUCCAUUGUCGUCUCGCCUUCUGCAGGGAGUAGCAUCUUGGCUCUAUACCCGCAUGUCCUAAUGGUAGCCUCUCAAUGUUUCCUUUAUUCUGUGUGUUUCUACCCUUUUUGUCUCAUACGAAGUCAAUGUUAUGAUGCUAGCACUCAUGUCGGCGAACGUACCAAUCACUCACGAGGAAUUCAGCAGAAAACCCGAUCGAUUCGGCAGAGACACUGAAAUGUAAGCCUUCGUCUAUCAUUUCAUUGACUUGCUCUCAUUUGGUCAGUCUUCGAAUCAAAUAUGUGCAUAUUAUUUAUUGCUGCUAACGAACAAGGUUUCGUAUUCUUUUUGCGGUUCCUUAUGCGAUGAGUAGAUAUAGUCGGUGCAUGUUUGAAGACUCCCUGCCCUAUAUCGGUACGACUGCUGCCGUUAAUCUUUGUGUGGUGUGUCUAGCCAUGUAUCAGGCAUGGAGGGCGCGAGACUUAUCCACCGAAUUUGCCGAGAGUAUGUACAUCGCUGGCGCUUUGUUCGUAACACUUUCCGCAACGAUCCUAGCAGUACCGCUGUUGCUUAUUGUGAAGGAGAACCUCGAUGCCCUUAUAUUCAUAAUAUGUGCUUUGGUGUUCACCCUAACCACCAGCAUCAUGUGCUGCAUAUUCAUUCCGAAGAUAACCUUCCACCUAAAGGACAAACGAUCCGGGCAAUCAGCGUCGCGCACACGGUUCAGCUCUGUUUAUUCCAGGGCUUCGUCGGUCUCGGCCAACUCAGCCGGCGAGGUGAUUCUAACCUCAAAACCCCAAAAAGCAUUGAUAUCCGAGAUCAGUGACCUGAAGCGAAAGCUCGGCCGUGCCGAGAAGCGAGAGCGGAUUCUCGACUUGCGGAACGCGCAACUCGAGAAACAGCUGAGUGGCUCCGGUAUGCUCAAUUCUAAAGAAGAAAGCGCGCUGACUUUUAGGACCGGUCCUGCUUUGUCGGGUGUUACCGGUAGCACCAAAAAAUAUGUUUCGUUCCAGGAAGAUACCAUAAUCUCGAGUAGUAACACUAAGACGCCACGAGUGAGCGAGCUUUCGUUAGAAAUGGAAAGGGAAGAGAAACAAGAACUACAAGUCAAUGACGAAUCGGAUCACGCAUCACAUGGAGGUGACGAAGAUCCGUUAAGCAAUGGACUGGACAACAGCGCUGUAUAGAGGGAGUGGCAACGCAUCCUGUUUCUAGCGACAACUAGACUCAAUAAGUGGUAGAAUUGUCUGCGAUUCAGGUCAUGUGCUAGCACGCCGUGCUAGCACAAUAGUUUUGCAAUUAGUCACACUUACGAAUGCAAUACUGUGAUUAUAUUACAGUACGAUAAUUCUCUAAUUAGUUCGUAUCCCGAGCUUAGGUGACUCGUCGACCUUGCGUCUCUCAUUGCCCAAUGUGUUGCCGUCGGAAUAUGUUGGGGUUUCUCCCCCACCUACUCCGGAGGUCUAGGGUCGGUCUAGAGACCACGGCCCCGAUGUUGUAAAUGUUGUGGGCCCGUUUGUCGGCAACGUCAUACGGAAUCGGAGAUGCCACGGGUGGUGCCUCCACCGCCGGCGACGGAGCGGAGGUGGAUGGUUCUUUUGUGCCCACCGAAGGCACCUCCACGGGCACCGGAGCUAUCGUCUCCGGGGGGAUCAGUGCGGUGGUGACCACCGUGGGGUUGGCGGUAGACGUGAAUGGUUCCGCAAUAAUUGUGGGUACGCCCGCCGGUGGAGGUGUGGUUCGAACGGUUGUGGGGACCAUCGAUGGCAAUGUGCUGGUUUCAUUCCCGUUAGUGUCCGGCCCGCUUUCUGUGAUUGUGGGUGUUGAUGACGGCGUUGCCGAUUGGAUAUUGUCGCUGAUAUCGUCGUCGCUUGUCACAUUUUGAUCGUUGUCGACAGGCGGAACCAGAGAUUCGGAUUCGUCCGAGGAUGUGGUGGGCGCCAAGGUGGUAGUUGUCACGGGCAUUGUAGUUGGUUUUGUUUCGUUGUUGUCAGAUGCGGGAACCACAAUACUUGCAAGAUCGUCCUCCUCUUGUUGGAGAUAUCUCCAAGCUCUUGGUGGAACGAGCGUUGUUGUUCUCGUUGAUGCGGUUGUAUUCCAAGCUGUGCCAACAUCUAGGUAGACCGAUACUCUAUGCAUCGAAUGGCUCAUUUUGCCUCCCUUGUUUCGAAUGCGAAUGUAGGCUCCGCCACUUCCAUCGAAGGGGUCCCAUGGGGGACGUCCGAGAAACCGGAGUGCCGUAACUGCCACGAGGGUAGUAACAAUUAUUCUCAGUAAGAGCAGACCCAUUGCUUCCUUUUUGCUCUCUCCCGAACGAGUCGAGUGGAGUCGAACCGAAUCAGAAGGUUAGUAGCAUUCGCCCUUAAAUGCAGCUAAUUUUUCUAGAGGCAAAUACUCUUACGAAAGCAGAAUUGUACUUUUUCCCAGGACAUCAUUCAAGCAGCAUUGUGCGAUAUGCGUCGGUCGACUUGGUUCAUCCAUCGUCAUCGCAUUGUUUGAAGUUUCGCAGAAUAAUCUGCCAUCUGUACC